AGUCUAUCGGAAUUGCGAUAUUUGCGCUUGCGAAGAUGUGUUCAUGUGGACGACCACUGUCUAUCUCGUGUUGGAAGAAUUAGCACACUUCAGCUACUUGAUGUCGGAGAGUGCCCGCGGUUAACGUCGAAGGGAAUAGCCACACUUUCACAGCUGAAAAAUCUGAGGCGUCUACUUGUUCAAGGAAAUCCUCAGAUGGAAGACAAGGAGCUUGUCUGUUUGAUGCUUGAAGAUCAUUUACCUCAUCUGUACAUCCACGGUGUGGAAUACUUGAGGCAACUCCCUGAAGAAUCACGACAGAAAAUCGUCGCCAUGAUUAGCGCCGGAGCAGAACCUGAGAUAGCACAGUCGGAUUCCUCGAGUCAGACCUUCGUACCACCCAAUUCUGCUGAAACACAGGAACCGAUGAAUGCGGAAACGGGAAACAAUCAACUGCGCAGGAGCUCCACUCAGUAG